GGUAAAGUCACAACCCUCCGGGCGCAAACACCCCCCGAGGAAAUUGCGGACGAAGAAGCUCGACUAGAGAAGUGGACCGCUGAAAUUUGCCAAAGGGACAAGGCCUUGCUGGCGACGGCGGUCGAGAGCUCCAUCGGCGGUGAAUUGGUUGACCUUGAUCGUCCUAACUCUGACCGGCUAACUCCCGUCCGGCCGAUGAGGACGGUGACGGCAAGCAGGUCGAGGGUGGUGGGAGCCAGGGAGGGGACAGAUUACAGGGCGCCCACGAUCGUCUCAUCCAAGUCUAUGCAAGAGGCUCUAGCUCCCAAAGUUGAGGAUGGAAACGAGGACGAGGAGGAGGUUCGAGCUGCCGAAAGCCUGUUGGCGGCCACCAGGCAAACGUGCGAUUCCCUGCCGGCACAGCGGAUGGUCAUGGCCGCGUCAUUAAAGGAGGAAGGGAAUGCAUUUUUCAAACGAGGUGAGUACGCCAAGGCGCUUGCCAGUUACACGAAGAGCUUGGGCUUCAAUGCGCUAGACCCGGCUGUCUGCGGGAACCGCGCUCUGGUGUACAUGCGGCUAGGGGAGUGGGUGAAGGCGGAAGUGGACUGCACGCUGGCCAUCGCCCGAGAUCCUUCCUAUGCUAAGGCAUGGUUACGCCGGGGAACGAUCCGGCGCCAGAGGGGAAAGCGGGCAGAAGCGAGGAAGGAUCUAGAAGAAGUUCUUCGGUGGGGGGCGGGAAGCAUGGAUGGAAAAGUGG